AAUGUCUAAGAAAAUAAAGACAAAUGAUGAGAAUGCUGUUUUAGUAGAUUAGUAAUCUGAAUCAGAUGAUAAGGAAGAAAUUCCUAUUUAGAGAUAAGAGAUAAAGAAUGGAAAAUUACAUCUCUUAUUACCAUAACCAAAGAAUAAAUUGGAAUAGAAAUUAAAUACAAUUGUGAAAAAGCGUCUACCUCCAAUGCCUCCUGGUAUUAAUUUUAAAGAAGCAGAAAUUUUAAGUAAUACUGCUAUUAAAAAAUUAACAAAGGAAGAGUAAGCAUUGAUUUAAGAGUUUGAUUAAGAUGAUGUCUAUAUGUAAGAUUAAAAAACUAUAAAUGAAAAAGGAAUUGUUAAUGUUACUUAUGAAAUAGGAGAAGACAAUUCAUAAAUUAUUAAUUUAUAAGGUACCAACGAGAAGUAUUGGGGAAUGGAAAGAGAAAAAAUGAAAUAAAAAUAAGAAGCAUUUUUAAAAGUACCAACAGAUGUCAAUUAAUUAAAAAGAGAGAAAAAUCAUAUUGAUUCACUUAAUUAUUAAGCUGCCUUAAAGUAGGAAGGUUACGAAUAAAGAAAAUAAGAAUUUAAAGAUAAAAAAGAUAAAAUGAAAGCAACUUAUGGUUGGUGA